AUAUUGAAAGUGCAGAUGAAGAUAUGAGUGAUAAUUUAGAUUUGAGUGAUAAUUUAGAUUUGAGUAGUAAUUUAGAUAUGAGUAAUAAUUUAGAUAAUGAAGAGGAUGUAGAUAAUGAAGAGGAUGUAGAUAAUAAAGAGGAUGUAGAUUUUGUUUUGGUAUCAGAUAGUGAAAAUAUACCUAUUGCACUUUAA